GUUUGAGGAUAUCUUGACUAUGGUAAUACCACCGUGGAUAAUUAAUCCAUAUGGUGACAUAGAAGAAACGAAUGUCAUAAUACAAGAGGAACUGACUGAACUAAGUAUAAACGAAGAACUUAAGGUUCAGUUUAAAAACGGAUAUCAGCAAUUCUGGCUGAAAAACAACAUACCCGUUACGUAUCCCGUAUUAUGGAAUAUAUGCCGCUUGAAGAAUUCGCCUACUUCGACUCGACAUUAUGAUUAUCUACAAAAAAAGCUCGGGAUAGAAUAUGUUUACAGCAAUGAACGCCUGAACGUAAAAAACAGCUAA